CAUGAACAAGAACUAAGAACCAAAUUCCUUUAGCCGAGCUGUGACUAUCUGAUAUGAGAGAAUUACUUCAUCACCAAGUUUACUGUUUCAGCUGUCUAUAGGAAAUCCAUGAAGUCGACCAACGCAGUAUAAAAUAAGGUUACAAGAAGAGGAAGAUUUAGCCUAGACUACUUCUGGACUAGUUUGCAAGCUCUCCAAUCGGAAUAUAUAACAACCGUUUGAAGUUGUUACAUCUUGAGAACUGCAACAAUUUACCAUUGCAAGCAGCAGUCCACGACUUGGUUGAAGUUGCGCACGUCUCGUGGUAGCGCGCACCACAUCGUGAUCAUUUCCUCGCGGUUACUUCACAUAAACUACCACGACGGCAAGGCCAACCAUGGUGAACAGCCGGGUGGAGGCAUCAGCCGUGGCGGUGACGGGGGGCGGCGGUGGCUCGGCAGGCAGGUCAUGCGCGGGCUGUGGUGGGCGCAUCGCCGACCGCUUCCUGCUCUUCUCCAUGGAGCGCUACUGGCACACGCGCUGCCUCAAGUGCUCCUGCUGCCACGCCCAGCUGGGCGAGAUUGGCACCACCUGCUACAGCAAAGGUGGCAUGAUCCUCUGCAAGAACGACUACAUCAGGCUGUUCGGGCACAGCGGGGCAUGCAGCGCUUGUGGUCAGUCCAUCCCUGCCAGUGAGAUGGUGAUGCGGGCACAGGGCAAUGUGUACCACCUCAAGUGUUUCACCUGUGCCACCUGUAGAAACCGGCUGGUGCCGGGCGACCGCUUCCACUAUGUCAAUGGCACCAUCUUCUGUGAGCACGACCGGCCAGGGGGCGCCCUGCUCAGCAGUCACCUGACCUCGCUGCAGGGGAACGGCAUGAUGCCCGACCAGAAGGUCUGCUGAAGAAGAAUGGGCUACAAAGCAACAUGUGCCUUCUCCUCCCACGCCUCCUCCAUCUGCUCUUCUUCAUUUUCCACCAAUAACUUUGUCCUGCACCAUCCAUCCCAUCGUUCAGAUAUUCCCAUAUCCGUACUCCGGAUACUGCUGCCAGUGUCCAUUAUCUUUCCCAGUAACACGGCAUUUCCCCCAAAAUAAUGUUUAUUCUGGUCAUAGAGAAUCAUGUUCUCAACCUUGACAUAAUUGAAGUCUCCUGCUUCAAGGGGAAGAUGCGGAGGAGGGAAAGACUGUUGAUGAUGGAAGAGGAUGAUUUAUACUGUCAAACCAGUGUCUGUUUUCGGUAAGUCCAUUGGUGACUGACUUGCAUAAGACUGACUUGUAAUGCCCUGAGAGGACUAUGGCAUUUCCAGUGAUGGACCAUCCUUGAUGUAGCACCUUUCCCUAGCCAGCACAUAAAACUACAGGGAGAGGAAGAUGCCACAGACCAAUAAAUAUAAACUGGUUCUCGUCCGGAGCUGUUUCAACCAAGCUACAGUUUAAUGACUCCCAAAACACGAAGAGUGUGUUCAAAACAAGAUCGCCACAUGAAUACACAGACACACACUCUCUGAGCUCAGACUCUAGGCCCUUUCAUGUGUCGGAUUGAGGGAAACAGGAAAUUCUUUGGUUGUAGUGCUAUGCGACCAUAGCUUUUGCCCCCUGGACGUUCCUGAACUCUCAUUCCUGAACUCUCAUUGGCUCACUCGAACUGUCGAGUUGGGCCGAACGAGGAAUGAUCAAAUACACCUGCCUGGAUGUCUUGUCUACUUUCAAAAAUAUACUCUCUGUGUACUAAAUGAAGAAUGCCUGUAGAAUAUUCAUCAAAACAUACCUUUUAGUCCCAUGAUUAUUUUCUACUGCAAGUGGUUGCCUUGUGUUUCUCGAUUGUCUUUGAUAUUUAGUUAUGUUUUCAGGUGAAGAUGGUUCCUGGGGUUAGUAAAUGUACUCCUGUUUAUGGGAACAUACAAAUAUGCAUUUGUAAUUGUUGUUUAAAAAAUGUGGCCGGUGAGAAUUGUUAUUCCAACAUGACUUUGCAGCAGUGCUCUAUACGUCUUAAAUGUAUUGUUGUUGUGUGGUGGUUGAAGAGGACAAGGUCAAAGUUUAACUGGUCCACAUAUAACCAGGGUCGUGUUGAGUAGGGCUCACUGUAGAUAGAAAACAAAAAUAAGUGUUUGUUAUUGGAGAGGCCAUGUAGUCCCUCGCUGUUUCAGGCUGUUUUCUUCCGUUUGGUACCUAAUGAACACGACCCAGGUUGAGGGAAGACGGGAGCGGCAUAGGGAUGGAGAGAAGUAAUAACUGUACAUAUCUUUUCUAGUGCUAUUAUUGUAUUGUGGUCUAUGGUUGAAUUGAGUCUUUGUGUGGCCUAAAACAUCUAUAUGGAGAAAAAAAGUACUUUCUAAAUAACUAUAAUAAUCAUAAUAUUGCCAGUCA